AUGCGCCGCGUCCUCCGGCUGCUCCUCGGCUGCUUCCUCACCGAGCUGUGCGCCCGCGUGUGCCGGGCGCAGGAGCGAGCGGGGCACGGGCAGCUGGCGCAGCUGGGCGGCGUGGUAGUGCUGGCGGGGGGCAACCGGUCCGGGGCCGCCUCGGGAGAGGCCGGCGAGGGCGCGGGGGCCUCGGACGCGCCCCCGACCCGGGCGCCCACGCCGGACUUCUGCCGGGGCUACUUCGAUGUCAUGGGCCAGUGGGACCCGCCGUUCAACUGCAGCUCGGGCGACUUCAUCUUCUGCUGCGGGACUUGUGGCUUCCGGUUCUGCUGCACAUUUAAGAAGCGGCGACUGAACCAGAGCACCUGCACCAACUACGACACUCCGCUGUGGCUCAACACCGGCAAGCCCCCCGCACGCAAGGACGACCCCCUGCACGACCCCACGAAGGACAAGACCAACCUGAUCGUUUACAUCAUCUGCGGGGUGGUGGCCGUCAUGGUGCUUGUAGGCAUCUUCACCAAGCUGGGGCUGGAGAAAGCGCACCGGCCGCAAAGGGAGCACAUGUCCAGACACACACCCUCCCCACACCUCCGGCGGGGGCCCAUGUGUGCUCGUGUGGAUGCACGAGCUCCGUACGCCUGCCUAAAAAAUCUGAACAAAGAGACCCACCAAAAAUAG